CCCACAUUCUCAUUCUCUUUGUAAUUUGUAAAGCACAGAGCAGCCAAACGAGAGGGAAAGAGAGGGAGGCAAAAAAAAAAAAAGAAAAAGGAAAAGGAAAACAAAACAAAACAAAACCCUCGAAAAUACCCCAACAGUCGCGGCGAUACUCGCUUCGUCUUCCUUGAUACGACACCUUCGGAUUUUUGUUGGCUGCUUUUCUUGCUAUGGCUUGCGCUGCGACUGCCUCUUUUGGUCCCCGUUAUGCUCCACCUGAUCCCACUCUACCCAAACCAUGGAAAGGCCUAGUUGAUGGUAAAACUGGUUAUCUUUACUUUUGGAAUCCUGUAACAAAUGUCACACAAUAUGAAAGGCCUACAAGUGGUGAUUCUGUCCCAAAACCUUCUUUUACACCUAUAAGUUCUUCAGUUCAUGUUCAAGAGUCUUUUGAAGGUCAUCAUGGUUAUAAUCCUGGCAAGGAAAAUGAUUGGGGUGAAAAGGAUAGUGAAGCCAUAUCAAACCAGAAUGCUAGAAGUGGACCGAUUCAUUCCCAUAAUACACCUAAUGUGACUUCCAACUCUGUAAUUGGAGGACCUUCUGCAAAGGGGCAAGGAUCCGUUGGUGGUGGAAGAAAUUUGUCUGGUGAUGCUUAUCGCUGUCAGCAUGAGAUAACAGUAACUGGAGAUGAAGUGCCCAUGCCUUUUUCAUCAUUUGAAUCUACUGGAUUGCCUUCUGAGAUACUUAGAGAGGUACGCAAUGCUGGAUUUUCUGCUCCAACUCCAAUUCAGGCUCAAUCAUGGCCAAUUGCAUUGCAAGGUAGAGACAUAGUGGCCAUUGCAAAAACUGGUUCCGGGAAAACAUUGGGUUACCUUAUGCCUGGAUUUAUGCAUAUCAAGCAGUUCCGUAAGGAUCCUCAAAUGGGUCCAACUGUAUUGGUAUUAUCACCUACCAGGGAGCUGGCUACUCAGAUACAAGACGAAACUCGCAAGUUUGGCAAUUUGUCAAGAAUUAGUUGCACAUGUUUGUAUGGAGGGGCACCCAAAGGUCCUCAGUUGAGAGAGGUUGAGAAAGGAAUUGAUAUUGUGGUUGCUACUCCUGGCCGGUUAAAUGAUAUUCUCGAGAUGCGGAAAAUCAGCCUCCAACAAGUUUCUUACCUUGUGUUAGAUGAGGCUGAUCGCAUGUUAGACAUGGGUUUUGAACCUCAGAUACGGAAGAUUGUGAAAGAAGUGCCAAUCCGCAGGCAGACGCUCAUGUUCACAGCAACAUGGCCAAAGGAAGUUCGGAAAAUUGCAGCAGACCUACUGGUAAAUCCUGUUCAGGUUAACAUUGGCAAUAUUGAUGAGCUUGUGGCAAACAAGUCUAUUACGCAGCAUGUUGAAGUAUUAUCACCAAUGGUAAAACACAAAAGACUUGAGCAGAUACUAAGCUCCCAAGAACCAGGAUCCAAGAUAAUUAUUUUUUGUUCAACCAAGAGGAUGUCUGAUCAACUUGCUUGCAACCUCAGUCGGUUUGGAGCUGCUGCUAUCCAUGGUGACAAAUCUCAGGCUGACGGGGACUAUGUGCUUGGUCAGUUCCGAUCUGGGAGGACACCAGUGCUUGUUGCAACUGAUGUAGCUGCUCGGGGUCUGGAUGUAAAGGACAUCAGGUUGGUAAUCAACUAUGACUUCCCUACUGGAAUUGAGGAUUAUGUUCAUAGGAUUGGAAGGACUGGAAGGGCAGGUGCAACUGGAUUGGCAUUUACAUUCUUUGGUGACCAGGAUUCAAAGCAUGCUUCGGAUCUCAUCAAAAUUCUAGAGGGAGCAAACCAGAAGAUGCCUGCAGAACUUCAUGAAAUGGCUUCACGUGGUGAUGGCAUGGGAAGGCCUAGAUGUUGGACUCCCAGUUCUGGUGGCGAUAAUGGAGGAUGUGGUGGACGCACUGACUCAGGUUAUGGUGGUAGGGAUGGUGGAAGGGGUGGUCGAGUAACUUCUACAUUCUCUAGCUGGCAUGAAAGAAGUGGAGGCCAUGGGUAUGGUCACGAGUCUGGUGACAGGAAUGAUCAUGGUUUCCAUGAUAGUUAUGAUCAGGGACGGAAUCGCAGCCGGAGUCGUAGCCCUGACAGGUUUGUUAGUGGUUCAGGACAUGAACCUUCCCCAGUGCUCAGUUUUCAUGAGAUGAUGAUGAAACGUGAUCGGUCAUAUCCGUAGGUGAUCACUAAUUUCAUUUGACGUCAAAAUUGAGGUGAUUUUGAUAAUUUUUCUUACAAGGACUUAAGAUGCUCUCUUACGUAUCUGUUUUUGUGCAUGUUAUAUAUGCAAGUAUCCCGGGUAUGGGGCUGUGUGCAGCGUGAAGCAAUGAAGCUUCAGAAACUUACCUUGCAAUGAAAAUCUUUUGGUUUUCGGUUAGAUUUUAUAGGCUAUUAGCUGGUUCAACUUGGAAAUUACAAGAAUGUUUCGGGUGGGAAUUUUGGUGGGACUAAAAGAUAAGAAGUCAAGUUGAAAAUGCAAUAUUAAAGGGAGAAAGAAUCUCGCAUAAGUUUUUGUUAUUUAUUUCUCAGGAAAUGUUUAAGGAUGAAU